AUGGCCUCCUCAACCACCCCUGGGCCCUCCGACCCGGAGAAGAUGGACCACCAACUGCACAACAUCCAACCAGCCCCAACAAUAUCAAACAACACCAAUCACGACCACGACCACAACUCCGAAAAGCCCUCCGCCAUCCCCAUUGAAGGCGAGUCCAAGAACAACACCACAGCCAAACAAUCCUCAAAGCAAGAAGAACCCGAGCUCGAGCAGCCCAACAGCCCCCAACAACAACAACCCGACCACGACCAAAACAAAACAACCUGGAACGCCUCCCGCACCUCCAUCUCCCGCUUCCUCCUAAUCUGCUACUCCUUCAUCCUCAUGGGCAUGUCCGACGGCGCCAUCGGCGCCCUGAUCCCCUACCUGGAAACCUACUACUCCAUCUCCUACACCAUCGUCUCGCUCGUCUUUUUAUCUCCCUUCGUCGGCUACUUGCUGGCUGCCCUAUUCAACAAUCUCAUCCACCACCACUUCGGCCAACGCGGCGUCGCCAUCCUCGGUCCGUUUUGUCGGUUGAUAGGUUUUAUACCAAUGGCAUGUCACCCCCCUUAUCCUGCGUUGCCGGUGGUGAUGUUAUUCACCGGGUUCGGAAACGGAAUUGAGGACUCGGCGUGGAAUGCGUGGGUGGGGAAUAUGCGAUCAGCUAAUGAGUUGUUGGGGAUUAUUCACGGGUGUUAUGGCCUGGGGGCGACGAUCGGGCCGUUGAUUGCCACGAGUAUGGUGACGAAAGGCGGGCUGGAGUGGUAUACGUUUUAUUAUGUGAUGGUGGGGUUGAAUGGGAGCGAGCUGGUGGCGAUGACGGCGGCGUUUUGGACGGCGACGAAGGAGGUUUAUCGGAGGGGGAUUGCGGAGAGUGAAUCGGUGGGGGAUGUUGCUGAUGUUGAUGCUGAUGAGGAAGGUGGUGAUGCUGGCGGAGAAAACGAAGGAGGCAAUCAACGGACGACAACUCGCACGGUCAUGCGUGAUCCUAUCCCUUGGAUUGUUGCCAUGUUCCUCCUCGGUUACGUCGGCGCUGAGGUCUCCCUUGGCGGGUGGAUCGUGACUUUCAUGCUCAAGGUGCGGCAUGCGGAACCCUUCAAUGCUGGGUUGACUGUCACUUUCUUCUGGCUGGGACUGACGGUGGGACGAGUGGUGUUGGGUUUCAUCACGGGCCGCAUCGGGGAGAAGCUCGCCAUCUCGGGAUAUCUUUUGCUAUGCAUCGCGCUGCAGCUGCUGUACUGGCUGGUACCGAGCUUCGUUGCCUCGGCCAUCUUUGUGUCGUUCCUGGGUUUCUUUCUCGGUCCGCUGUUCCCCGCUGCUAUUGUGUCGGCUACGAAGCUGUUGCCGCCUGGAUAUCAUGUAUCGGCAAUUGGGUUUGCCGCGGCCUUUGGCGGUGGUGGUGCGGCCAUCUUCCCAUUUGCGGUGGGCGCGAUUGCCCAAAAGAAGGGCGUGACAGUUUUGCAGCCUAUUGUGUUGGCUAUUUUGGUGUUUAUCUUGCUGAUGUGGUGGUUGCUUCCUGGGGGUCUGAAGCCGGGAGGUCUGGAACGGGCGAGGGAAAACAAAGAGAAGGUGGGGGAUGAGGUGCGGAAGGGGUUCAGUCGUUGGUCGUUUGUCUAUACCGAGAGUGCAACUGAGGUGAAUCGACUUUGA